AUGAAAUCGCUGUUGAAAGCCUCUCACGCGUGCUUGCAUCAUCAUUCUUUGAUGGGAACACUUCGUUCAAGAACUUCUUCGCGAGGAGGUUCCUCUCAUUCCUGCAUCAUUCAAUUACUUGAUGCAUCGUUAACGUCGAGUAAUCAUCAUGUUGGAAGAUUCGGGCACUCAACAAUGUCAUAUUUCCGAUCCUUUUCAACCAUCGUGAAUCGGACUCAAAAAUCUUCAUCAUCUACAACGGGAAAGAAAGGAAGUAAUUUUAGUGAUAACAGUGAUGACGAUGGAGAAGAUAUAUUUGAUAAAUUAAAGAAGCUCGGGUUUUUAGGACAAGGCUCUCCCGAAGUGAAAAAACAUUUGGAAAAUAUGAUGGAUUUCAUGCUCAAGCCUGGAAAAUCUAUGCCAACAUCUUCAUCUUCGUCGACAAUGACACCCGAAAGCUCUGAAGCCAAGAAAGAGGAAAAACCGAAACCUCUCAAUACAUUCCUGGAGGAUGAAGAAAAAUUAAUAGAGAGUUUUAAUAGAGUUGUUUUUGAAGCUUAUAAAUUACAUAGAAACAGUUUUGAAUCUCAAUUAACACCAGAGGAAAUUGUGAAUAGUUUGGAUAAACAUAUAGUUGGACAAAGGGAUGCAAAGAGAGCGGUUGCGAUUGCUCUCCGAAAUAGGUUUAGAAGAAAGACUCUUAUUGAAUGGUACAAUGACAAGAGUAGACCAAAAACAACUUUGGAUCCCAGUGAAAUUAUUCCAAAGAACAUUUUAAUGAUUGGCCCAACAGGUUGCGGAAAAACAGAAAUUGCACGUCGAAUUUCUAAGCUUGUUUCAGCUCCUUUUUUAAAAGUAGAAGCCACAAAAUAUACUGAGCUUGGUUAUCACGGUAGAGAUGUGGAUACAAUUGCUCGUGAUUUAAUUGAUGUUUCUAUUAACUUGUUGAAAAAUAAUCUCUCUGAGUUGUUUAAAGGUUAUUUAAAUGCUCCAUUAAAGAAUGAGGAGGCAGAUCCUGGAGCUGUACUGUUUCAUUCCUACUUGCAACAAUUAAUUGAAAAUAGAUUGAUUCAUCUAAUGUUCGGUUCUGAAAGCAUUGAAAAAAUAAGAGAAUCUACACUCAGAGACUAUUUGAACAUGUUGAGAAAUGGAGAGUUGGAUGAUCGUCAUGUUGAAAUUGAAGUUCCAGUUGCGUCGUCCAAAAGAGGCUCUGGAAUGUCUGCCCUGAGCGAUCUAUUUGAUGCUGUUAAGAAUAAUUUUACACCUCAAAAUUCCAAAUUUACAAUACCAGAUAUUGCAGAAUUAAGCAAUCAUCAAACACCAUUUGAUACCAUGCUCAUCGAGUCACCAACUCCUACUGCUUUCAAAAAAGUAAAACUGACCGUCAAAGAGGCCAAGGUAAAGCUUGCUGAGCUUGAGUUAGAAAAAUUGAUAAAUAACCCAAUAUUCAUUGAGGAAGCGAAAAGAAUUGCCGAAAGAGAGGGAAUUGUUUUCAUUGACGAAAUUGACAAAAUUUGUGGUGAUCCCAACCAAAAGAGAGGCUCAGCAGAUGCAUCUGGUGAAGGUGUUCAAAAGGACUUGCUGCCGCUUCUCGAAGGUUGUGAAAUUCAAACCAAAUACGGAACCUUUAAGACAGACCAUGUAUUAUUUAUUGCAAGUGGAGCAUUUCACGAUAAAAAACCUUCAGAUCUCAUGUCUGAAUUGCAAGGAAGAUUACCAGUGAGAGUUACCUUAGGCUCACUCAAUACAAAAGAAGAGUUGUAUCAAGUGUUGACAAUUCCAGAAUUUAAUUUAAUACGCCAACAUGUGUCACUAUUUGAAACGGAAGGAGUUAGACUGAAUAUCACCGAUGAAGCGAUCGAGGAAAUUGCUACAUUCUCAGCAAUAUGCAACUCUAGUGUGGAUAAUCUAGGCACUCGUAGACUCAUUGGUAUCAUUGACAAGUGCCUGGAAGAACUCUCCUUUAUUAUACCUGACCUUGUGAAAUCUGACUCAACUACAAUAGAGAGUGAAUUCAACAAGGUUGGACUACAGGAUUGCUAUCAGAUUAUUCCAUCAAAUGAAGGAACGAGCCAAAAGCAGCUGUUGGAAAUCACGAUCAAUGCACAAUUUGUCAAGAAAAAGAUCGAAUCGAGUCCAUUAUUCGCAAAAAUGGAUGUACGAAAGUUUACCAUCUAA